AUGUUCGAUCACCACAAAGUGGAACUGGAGUGGGGCGGUCGCCCGCUUACGCUCGAAACCGGCAAGAUCGCCCGGCAGGCCGACGGCGCCGUUCUGGCGACCUAUGGCGAAACCGUCGUUCUGGCCACCGUCGUCUCCGAGAAGAGCCCGCGUGAGGGCCGGGACUUCUUUCCGCUGACAGUCAACUAUCAGGAAAAGACCUUUGCCGCCGGCAAGAUUCCCGGCGGCUUCUUCAAGCGUGAAGGCCGUCCGUCGGAAAAAGAGACGCUGACCUCACGCCUGAUCGACCGGCCGAUCCGCCCGCUCUUCGCCCCCGGCUACAAGAACGAGACGCAGGUCGUCCUCACCGUUCUGCAGCACGAUCUGGAAAACGAUCCCGACAUCGUUGCCAUGAUCGGCGCGUCGGCCGCGCUGACCAUCUCCGGCGUGCCCUUCAUGGGCCCGAUCGGCGCCGCCCGCGUCGGCUACAUCAAUGACGAAUUCGUGCUCAACCCGCAUGUCGACGAGAUGGAGGAAUCCGAUCUCGACCUCAUCGUUGCGGGCACCGCCGAUGCCGUUCUGAUGGUGGAAUCGGAAGCCAAGGAACUGGACGAGGAAGCCAUGCUCGGCGCCGUCAUGUUCGGCCAGCAGGCGUUCCAGCCGGUCAUCAACGCGAUCAUCAAGCUCGCCGAAGUGGCUGCCAAGGAACCGCGCGACUAUGCCCCCGAGGAUCUCAGCGAACUUGAAGCGACGAUGGGCGGCCUGAUCUCCGACGAACUGGCCGAGGCCUACAAGAUCACCGACAAGGGCGCUCGCUACGCCGCCAUCGACGCCGCCAAGACCAAGGUCUUCGAGACGCUCUACCCCGAAGGCGCCGAGAACCCGGCCUGGAACCCCGAGCAGAUCAAGUCCGUCUUCAAGGACCUGCAGGCCAAGGUCGUGCGCGGCAACAUCCUCAAGACCAAGACGCGCAUCGACGGACGCGACCUGUCGACGGUCCGCCAGAUCGUUUCGGAAGUCGGCGUCUUCCCGCGCACCCACGGCUCGGCCGUGUUCACGCGCGGCGAAACCCAGGCCAUGGUCGUUGCCACGUUGGGUACCGGCGAGGACGAGCAGUUCGUCGAUUCGCUCACCGGCACCUACAAAGAGAAUUUCAUGCUGCACUACAACUUCCCGCCCUAUUCGGUCGGUGAAGCGGGCCGCAUGGGAUCGCCGGGCCGCCGCGAGAUCGGCCACGGCAAGCUGGCCUGGCGCGCCGUCCAUCCGGUGCUGCCGGAAGCGGAAGAAUUCCCCUACACGCUGCGCGUCGUCUCCGAGAUCACCGAAUCCAACGGCUCUUCCUCCAUGGCGACCGUCUGCGGCACCUCGCUGGCGCUGAUGGAUGCCGGCGUUCCGAUCAAGGCGCCCGUGGCCGGCAUCGCCAUGGGCCUGAUCCUGGAAGGCGACGAGUUCGCUGUCCUGUCGGACAUUCUCGGUGACGAGGAUCAUCUGGGCGACAUGGACUUCAAGGUCGCGGGCACCGCCGAGGGCAUCACCUCUCUGCAGAUGGACAUCAAGAUCGCCGGCAUCACCGAGGAGAUCAUGAAGAUCGCCCUCGACCAGGCCAAGGGCGGCCGCGCGCACAUUCUGGGCGAGAUGGCCAACGCGCUGUCGGAAAGCCGUGAGGAGCUGGGCGAGUUCGCCCCGCGCAUCGAGGUGAUGAACAUCCCGGUCGACAAGAUCCGUGACGUGAUCGGCUCGGGCGGCAAGAUCAUCCGCGAGAUCGUCGAAAAGACCGGCGCCAAGAUCAACAUUGAAGACGAUGGCACGGUCAAGAUUGCAUCGUCCUCGGGCAAGGAGAUCGAGGCGGCCAAGCAGUGGAUCCACACGAUCGUUGCCGAGCCCGAAGUGGGCGAAAUCUAUCAGGGCACCGUGGUCAAGACCGCCGACUUCGGCGCCUUCGUCAACUUCUUCGGUCCCAAGGACGGUCUCGUUCACAUCUCGCAGCUUGCGUCUGAACGCGUCGGCAAGACCACCGAUGUCGUCAAGGAAGGCGACAAGGUCUUCGUCAAGCUGAUGGGCUUUGACGAGCGCGGCAAGGUCCGCCUGUCGAUGAAGGUCGUCGAUCAGGAGACCGGCAAGGAGAUCGAGCGCAAGAAGGAAAAGGCCGACGAUUGA